GGCCACCAACUUUUCUGACUUCUAUCCUUCAACACUUUUACACCUACCCACAUUGACCACCGAACUUUUCAUCUUCUUCCUCUCUGCGCAUAUGAAGCCUCAAAACACCCUCACCUCACCUCCGUUCUCUCCUAAGAAAUCGACCACCAAUCACCACCUCUUUUACCAUCAUCGUCGCCGCUGGCGACAUCACCACUUCCCUGUCGUUUGGCCUGACCAAAAACAAGCCCUAGACGGCCCAAACCUGCUCUACGGCGGAGUUUGCGGUGAUGCAAAUGGCGGAGAUCGACGGAUACUCCGGAGACGUUCAUGUGAUUUUAGGUAAUUUUGAUCUCAGUCGAGAGCUCUGUUUCGUGACCACCUCUUUUACCAUCAUCGUCGCCGCCGGCGACAUCACCACUAAUCAUUUUCUCUCUUUGAUAAAAUUCAUUUCAUAAACCCUUAAUACUCACCGAUUCUCAAUUCACUUUCAUGUUUCUGAAUCCUCUCUUCAUCUUCACGAGCUUCUUUGCAUCUUCUGUACGAUUGCUGAACCGCACGGCGGCGAGAAUGGCGGAGGUUGCUGGUCUAACAUGUUGCCGGAGCUUUUAGGAGAGAUAAUCCGGCGAGUGGAAGCGAACGAUGACCGGUGGCCUCUCCGACGAAAUGUGGUGGCGUGUGGAUGUGUGUGUAAGCGGUGGAGAGAGGUUAGUAGAGAGAUAGUUACCGGUAAUAUUACGUUUCCUUCUUGCCUUAAGCAGAAUGAAGCCGCGCCUCAAAGAAGGCACCUGAAGAAUGAUGUCAAAGGGAACCGCUUUUUGGAUGGCUACAACCCGGGCACAUUAUGCAGUCGAAAGCCUGGCAUAUACCGGAACGCCUAUGGCCACCAUCUUCCAGAAAUGUACAGCGGAGAAACAUGUUUUCUACAACUUAUCGAACCUAAUACAGCUGGUGUUGGUAAGAUAAGUUGUAAACAAAUUGAUACAACAAUAUUUUGUAUAGCCUUGGGUAGAUAGGGUAGGCGAUCUAAAUGAAAUAAAAGAACUUCACGUAGCAAUGUAACAAGCAUCAGGCUUUCAUCUA